AUGGUCGUUCUCGCAGCGUCCAUCUGCACCCGAGGGGGCAAAGCAGUGCUCUCUAGGCAGUUCAGAGAAAUGCAAAGAUCCCGUAUUGAAGCUUUGCUCGCCUCAUUCCCUAAACUCGCAGAUUCUGGCACACAACACACAACCGUCGAGCAAGACAACGUUCGAUUUGUUUACCAGCCUCUGGACGAACUCUACAUGGUUCUUAUCACCAACCGACAAUCCAAUAUUUUACAAGACAUAAACUCAUUGCAUCUCUUUGCACAAGUGGUAUCAAGCAUCUGCAAAAGUUUAGACGAGCGCGAAAUCUUACGAAAUGCCUUUGAACUACUCAGCGCCUUCGAUGAAUUGGUCACACUCGGGUACCGGGAGAACUUGACCAUUGCACAAAUUAAGACUUUCCUAGACAUGGAGAGUCACGAAGAAAGAAUACAAGAGAUCAUCUCCAGAAACAAAGAACUUGAAGCCAGCGAGGAGCGGAAGCGUAGAGCGAAACAGCUUGAAAUGCAGCGGAAAGAGAUGGCUCGAAGUAGUCGGGGUGCAGCUCCACGGACACCCUCGUACCCUACAUAUACUCCUUCGGUGCCUACAACAGUUCCUGACACAUAUGAUUCGUACGCUGCGGAAAAGGCCAAGACGUCAAAGCCAUUGUCGAAGCAAGGAAAAGGUAUGCAGCUUGGCAAGAAGUCAAAAACUACAAACAUGUUCGAUCAAGUUAAAGGAGACCUCGGGCCUGAAGCGGAGAUUGCUUCACCUUUGGUAUCAAACACCCCUGCUGCAUCGAUUCCCGUUGCCGUUCCAGCUGGACGUACCUCGACGUCUAUAGAUCGGGAAGCAAUUCAUAUCACAACUGCAGAGUCUAUAUCUGCGUCGUUGGACAGGGAAGGUAUCCUCAAGUCAUUCGAUGUGAAUGGUCAAUUGCAGCUCAAGAUCUCUGAUCCUAGUUUCACACAAGUUAAGCUUGAUCUUGCGAUUGGAAACAACCGAGGCGCCAACCUCAUCACUCAUCCCAAAGUCGACAAGAAUGCCUUCAGGAACUCGAAAACGAUACAACUUUCAGACACAUCGAAAGGAUUUCCCGCCAACAUGGCAAUUGGUGUUAUGAAAUGGAAGCUUAGCGCGAAGCCUGAUGAGGUUGACGAUCUACCUAUCACUUUCCGGGCAUGGGUCGAGGAAAGUGGCAGUUCCUUUAAUAUCACCAUUGAAUACGAGCUCUCGGGUGGAGAAGAACUCCAAGACGUUUCCCUGAUUAUCCCUUUCACGACAGACGAGCCGAACGUCUCGAGUUUUGAUGCCGUCUAUGAGGUCUCAGGUGACAGCCUUGAGUGGAACAUUGGAACCGUAAAUGCUGAGAACAGUUCCGGUUCAUUCGAGUUCGAGGCGUCUGGCGACAGCGAUGCCGAGUUCUUCCCGAUGAAGGUCCGGUUCACCAAAGCCACGCCUUUCUUAGAUGUCGACAUCUCCUCGGUAACACUAUUGAGCAUGAGCCAAAGCGUUCCGUUCUCUAAGGAUAUAAAGUCUGUGGCCGAGUCUUACACGGUGGGAUAG